UAGUCCAUAUCUGAAAGAAAAAAAAUAGAACCUUUCAAACUUUAUGAAAUAUUCCAGCCAACAGAAAUGACACCUGUUGACCUGUGAUGUUUGAUCUAAAAAUGGUGUGUGUGGCAGGGGAGAGAGAGAGUCCACAGAAAAAUAAAUCAUUUGAAAUAGCAAUUUUUAUUCAACUUGAAAAUUGGCAGCUGCCACUGAAACUUAAAAAAGCGAAACUUGACAACACUAAAACUUAACUUUUGAUUUUUCAUAUUGUUGUUUGAGAAAGCAGUAUUAAUAGUACAGAAUGGCUAUUUCUAUAUCAGUAUCUGUUCAAUAACCACAGUGCAUUAAGUACUAAUAAUGCACAGAAUACAAGAGAUGCAUAAUUUCUCACUAGUGUGAAGUGGUAUUAAACACAUUUCUUCUAUAGUCUCUGAUUAAGGUAGAAAAUGGGAAGGAAAACAUUGUGUUGAUGAUAACUUUGAUGUUGGAAUUGAAAUUUUACUCAAAACACCCACAAUCUUAAAAGCAUAUUAGGCUUGAUAAACUUAAGAAAAUUCAAAAAACUACUGCACUGCUGUAAGUUCCAUUCCUCUCAAUUGCCUUUUACAUAAUGCUUUUGAAGUCUAAUUUAUAAAAUUUCUUAUGUGAUUUAUCACAUUCAUUUAUCACUGGUAAGAGAUGCAUUUUAUACUAGAGGUGUUCUUGUAGUGCUAGUUUCCCACUAGAUUCUAGUGCAAGAAAAGUGUUUCACAGAAGUGCUGCAUAAUUUCUCAAUGCUUUUGCCAUUUUAAGUAACUGGAAAUCUGCUUUCUUUCCUCUCGAAGGUCAUGAAACGUGUACGCACAGAACAGAUUCAGAUGGCAGUUUCCUGCUACCUCAAACGCAGGCAGUAUGUUGACUCAGAGGGUCCUCUGAAACAAGGGCUGCGCUUAUGUCAGACUGCAGAAGAAAUGGCAGCUAAUCUAACAGUUCAAUCCGAAUCGGGUUGUGCAAACCUUGUCUCGGCUGCCCCGUACCUUGCAGAGCCACAACAAUAUGAAAUACAGUUCGGACGAUUACGCAACUUUCUUACAGAUUCAGAUUCCCAGCACAGCCAUGAAGUCAUGUCUCUUCUGUAUCCCCUCUUUGUCUACCUCCAUCUCAACAUGGUCCAAAAUGGCUUAAAGAGCACAGUGGACAGUUUCUAUAGUCGCUUCCAUGGGAUGUUCUUGCAGAAUGCCAGCCAAAAGGACAUUAUUGAGCAAUUACAAACCACACUAACGAUGCAGGACAUUCUGUCCAACUUCAAGCUCCGGGCAUUCCUGGACAAUAAGUAUGUUGUCCACCUUCAAGAAGACAGCUACAACUUCCUACUUCGCUACCUCCAAAGUGACAACAACAGUGCUCUCUGCAAAGUCCUCUCUUUGCACAUUCACUUAGAUGUGCAGCCAGCAAAGAGGAUGGAUUACCAGCUCUAUGCUAGUGGUGGCUCUUCACGCAGUGAAAGCAAUGGCCUAGAACCCACUGAAAUGCCUGCUUCUAUCCUGCAAAAUGAGGCAGCCUUGGAUGUCCUGCAGGAUAGCAUUAAGAGAGUGAAAGAUGGUCCACCUUCACUCACCACCAUAUGUUUCUAUGCAUUCUAUAACACUGAGCAGUUGCUGAACACAGCAGAGAUCUCACCAGACAGCAAAUUGCUUGCUGCUGGCUUUGACAAUUCCUGUGUAAAGCUAUGGAGCUUGCGAUCCAAGAAGCUGAAAUCUGAGCCUCAUCUGGUAGAUGUGUCCCGAAUUCAUCUAGCUUGUGAUGUCCUGGAUGAGGAGCUCCCAGAAUUCUCCAGAGACACACGUCUGUCGGCACCUACAUUUCACUUGCCUGGAAAAAGGCCUAUCUCAGAGGCAUCCAAGGCCUGUGUUUCCUGCCAUUAGUGUACAUACAAAAAAGGAGACUGCCCUGUGCUUCCUAGGAGGCCUCAUGGGAGGCAGAGUCUCACUGUCCAUUAGGUCCUGUAAAGGUAUCAUUCCAAAGAAUCCCAGAUCUCAUGAAGACCUAGCCCUCCCAGGAAGGACCAGGGCAGUUUUCUUUUUGGAGUAUUAACAACAGGGAACACCGGCCUCAAAAGCCUCUGAGGGCAGGCCCUGUUCCAGGUAAGUAAAAUGAAAGUGUCUGCCUGUGGGCCGGAAUUCUCAGAAUUCUGUCUGGGGCAUUCUGAGGGUUGAAGCCCCCCCCCCAAUUAAAAAAAUCAUGAACGGCAUACCCCUGUUUCACACUAUCCAGUACAAGAUUGUUUAACAGCAGGCUAAAUAGCUACUCCUUUUUAACCACACAGUAAUUGAUCACAUCUGGUUUGUUGAAGCUAAUAUGCAGCAGGUUCCAUCUUACACAGUGCCAAGAAAUUUUCACUUAAGUAGCAUGAUUUCCCUCCCUUUUCCUUCUUUGCCUCCUGCAAAUCUGCAUCAGAAGAUCCACAAACCUUCUGGAGCAAAUGUAAGGGAGCACACUAUGGUGGAGGGCAGCAACCGUAUCUGUGGUGGGCAUCCUUUCUGUCCAUAGACAGAAAUCAUUAACUACUGCCCAGUUUAUUGACUGCUGUUUUUUUAUGAUUUGGCAAAUAGCUGCCUGAAAUUUUUAUGAAGCCCUUGUAGUUGCACUACAAUGGUGUUCAAAGGUAGUUUAAGUGUAGUUCUCAUAAUCGGUGAAUGUUCCUAAACAUGGAGUCAACAUUGGAGGAAAUCAGAUGUAGCUAGAUUCCACCCACAUGGAUCUUCUGACACAUUUAGGCUGCAGUUCUAUACCCACUUACCUAGAAUAGCUGCAGGUGAAGAAGAACUACAAUGGAGACAAAAGUUCUUAAUUGCCCAAUGCUUUGUAUGUAUACUGUUCAGAUGUGCAGUUUUUGUGGUUAUAUAUAGAAGCAUACAGAAUACUAACAGGAAUCUUCAGCAAUUGAGCUAUGAAAGCUAUAAUGUGGGAACUAAUGCUUUGACAUACGGACCGUGUGUUGACAUAAGGACAGAAAACAGCCGGAACGGAUUAAUCGGUUUUCAGUGCAUUCUUAUGGGAAAUGCUGCUUUGACUUACGAACGUUUUGAUUGACGACCACCGUUCCAAUACGGAUUAAGUUCGUAAGUCAAGGCACCACUGUACACAGAAUUUCAUAUCAGAAAUGUCAGCUUUCCUCCUUUCUGCAGUUUGUUGCAUUCUGUAAUUCUUGAGGACCCUCUUAGCUCUGUAAUUCUACAAUUCUGUGAUGUGACAACUUGUGGCGGGAAGGUAACGUGGACAGCAUCAGAGCACAUGGCAGUCUGCCAGGAUGCUCUUAUUUUUUUACAGAAGUAUUCUGAGAUACAACAUGUCAUUCCAGACAAUAGCUGCUUACAUUAAGACUGUGGCUUGAAUACUGUACUCUUUUAUUCUGUAGAGAUAGACUGUAAUCCGUGAAA